AUGAAUGAUAUCAGAGUCGGAAGUAAAUACAGAGUUGGCAAAAAAAUCGGGGCUGGCUCUUUUGGAGAAAUAUAUCAAGGCACAAAUAUCCAAACAAAUGAAAACGUUGCAAUAAAGCUAGAAAGUCUCAGCACCAAGCACCCUCAAUUAAUUUAUGAAAGUAAAGUAAUAAAAAUGAUCCAAGGCAUCCCAGGUAUACCUAUGGUGUAUUGGUCUGGAGUUGAAGCGACUUAUAACGUCAUGGUUAUGGAGAUGCUUGGUCAAAGCCUCGAAGACCUGUUUAAUUCAUGCAAGCGAAGAUUUACAUUGAAAACUGCACUUAUGGUUGCUGAACAGAUGCUUUGCAGAAUUGAGUACUUGCACUCAAAAAAUUUUAUUCAUCGAGACAUAAAGCCUGACAAUUUUUUAGUUGGGAUAGGUAACCGAAGCAGCCUUAUUUAUUUAAUUGACUUUGGCCUUGCCAAAAAAUUUAGAGAUCAGAAAACAGCUAACUUCCCGCCUAUAUAAGCAAACAAAAAAAUUUGUACACCGUCAUCGAUUUAAUAAUUUUAAUAUAAAUUUUUAUAAUAAUUUUUUUUUCAAAAUUCGCAAAAUUGGAAGUAUUGAUUAAUUUGCGAAAUAAAUGCAAUUAGAAUUAGCACAAAGAUUUCGCUAUAAAAAUUAUCACUUAUUCAUCAAAAUUUUUUGUUCGCUCAUGAGGGUGGAUUUUACCCAAAAAAUAGGAAACUUUUUAAUGGUUUUUGUUCGCUCAUAGAGGGAGGAAGUAAGCAUAUCCAAUAUACAGAGAAUAAAAGCUUGACUGGAACCGCAAGAUAUGUAUCAAUAAAUACACACUUGGGAAUUGAACAAAGUAGAAGAGAUGACUUGGAGAGUAUUGGAUACGUAAUUGUGUAUUUCUUAAGAGGAUCUUUACCUUGGCAAGGAGUAGCUGCACAAGCAAAGCAAGACAAAUACCAAAAAAUAAUGGAAAGAAAGCUGAACACGCCAAUUGAAUUACUCUGUAGAGGGUUUCCUCCAGAAUUAACUAUGUUUAUACAAUAUUGUAGAGGACUUAAGUUUGAGGACAGGCCUGACUAUGGGUAUUUAAGGAGAAUUUUGAAAGAAGCUUUUAUGAGAGAGGAAUUUCAAAAUGAUUUAAUUUUUGACUGAAAUGCAGGGUACUUAAGAAGGGGAAGCAAACUUAGAACAAAUAAAGAAGAAGAUGUUGUUAAGCUCCCUCCUAUAGAAAGAAGAGAACGCGAACUCACAGGAAGUAAUCUUGGGAUGAUAAGAUCUUAUAAUGAAAGGCCAAGGGAAAUUCAAAGGCAAAAAACAAGAUGUGAUAUAUUUUAG